GUCAAUAAUUCCCAACCACUGUCUUACAAUUCAACCAUCAUCUAUCGAUUUGGUCAAAAAUUUGCCACCAAAUACCCAAUUAUAUCAUCACACCAUUCAACAAUUUUUUUAUACCAAACCCAUUCUUCUCUGUCACCUGCUCCGAAUCUCAAUAUCAAAUCUAGGUUUCGGAGUUCUCUCGCAAUAUCCGCUAUUGUUUCUCAAAAUUGCGUUUCAAUGGCGGUAGCGAGUGGCUUUGCGACUACUUUUGCAGGUGACAGUUUUCAUUCUGAUAAUUUAAGUUCUACGUCUUGUUCUUCGUCUUUUUCUCCUUCUGUGGAUUGUUUUCGUCAUCAAGUUAGAUUUUUCGUGAACCGUGGAAAAAUUAAGCCGUUGGUUUAUUGGACGAAAUCGCAUUCGUUGAGACCUAGAUGUGAGGUUGCUUCGAACUCGGUAGUUAACAAUGGUGAAAAGGGAUCUAAAGCGUCGAGUCUUUCAGCUUUGGAGCUUCUGAAAACAUCUGCGGCUGACAGAUAUUCAAAGAGUAGCAGCAGCAUCAUGGUUAUUGGACUUAACAUUCACACAGCACCAGUUGAAGUGCGGGAGAAAGUCUCCAUCCCAGAAGCACAGUGGCCUCAAGCAAUUCGUGAACUAUGUUCCUUGAAUCAUAUAGAGGAAGCUGCUGUAUUGAGUACUUGUAACAGAAUCGAAAUAUAUGUUGUGGCGCUGGCCCAAAAUCGUGGAAUUAAAGAAGUGACUGAGUGGAUGUCUAAGUUUAGUGGAGUUCCAGUUACAGAGCUUUGCCAACACCGGUUUUUGCUAUACAAUCAAGAUGCCACACAACACCUCUUUGAAGUAGCUGCUGGGCUAGAUUCCCUUGUCCUAGGAGAAGGUCAAAUUCUUGCACAGGUCAAGCAGGUUGUUAAGAACGGACAGGGAGUCCCUGGCUUUGGUAGGAAAAUAAGUGAGCUAUUUAAGCAUGCAAUCACAGCCGGAAAGAGGGUUAGGACUGAGACCAAUAUUUCCAGCGGAUCAGUAUCAGUAAGUUCAGCUGCAGUGGAGCUUGCUUUGCUGAAACUUCCAGAGUAUUCUUCUUCUACUGCCCGCGUGUUAGUAGUCGGAGCAGGCAAGAUGGGAAAGCUUGUGAUCAAACAUUUGGUUGCUAAAGGGUGUAAAAAGAUGGUUGUAGUUAACAGGACCGAGGACAGAGUUGCUGCCAUCCGUGAGGAGUUGAAGGAUGCUGAAAUAAUAUACAAACCUCUCUCAGGAAUGUCAUCAUGUGCUGCUCAGGCUGAUGUAGUAUUCACCUGCACUGCUUCAGAGGCUCCUAUAUUUGUAAAGGAGAGUGUUCAAGCACUUCCUGAUGUGAACUCUGGAUUUGGGGGACAGAGGCUAUUUAUCGAUAUUUCUGUUCCUCGGAAUGUGGAGCCUUGUGUCUCAGAACUCAAAGGUGCAUGUGUUUACAAUGUGGACGAUCUUAAAGAGGUUGUGGAAGCUAAUAAGGAGGAUCGGUUGCGGAAGAAAAUGGAAGCUCAGGCCAUCAUUACUGAGGAAGUGAAACAAUUUGAAGCCCGUAAAGACUCCCUUGAGACGGUUCCAACUAUCAAAAAGCUCAGGGCAUAUGCUGAAAGAAUUAGGGCUGCUGAGGUUGACAAGUGUUUGUCAAAGAUGGGUGAUGAUCUCCCCAAAAACAAGAAGAAGGCUAUCUAUGAUCUCAGUCUAGGGAUAGUGAACAAGCUGCUACACGGACCAAUGCAGCAUCUGAAAUGUGAUGGAGCUGAAAACCGAACUUUAAGUGAGAUACUUGAAAAUAUGCAUGCCCUUAACAGAAUAUUUGGUCUUGAUACAGAGAUUUCUGUAUUGGAAGAGAAGUUACGAGCCAAGAUAGAACAAAAUCAAAAGCAAUCUUCUUGAGGUUGCUUUGCCAUUGAGAAUUCUUUAAUUAUUUUUCCCUCAUGAAAAGGUCAACAACUUUCGGCUAAGUUACUAAUCAUGGUUUUAGAUCCAUGUUUUCUGGGAGGGUUUGCUAGUCUUAGCUGUGUCAAAUUAGAGAAUAAUUGAUCUAGUGGCCACUGAGUUAAAUUCCGGGAAAUUAUGAAUUUUUUUCUAGGCAUGAGGUAGCCAUUAUUAGAGGAGGGAUUCUCUCCGAUGGUGAGAAAGUCUGUUUUACAGUUGCAUUUGUAUUUGUUACACUCAUUUGUUCCAGAGAAAAGUAUAUACAGUAAUACAGAUAUCUUGAAUCCUGAUGACUCAUAUAUCAAGUUCAUGAGGGUUUUAUGAA